GUGCAGCUGCUGUCCGCUUCCGUUUCCAGCGCGUCUGUGCUCCCGUUGUCCCUCGCUGCUUCCCGUCCGUAGUUACUGCUGCUCUGCACAGAAAUGGCUGAAGCUCACACACGGCCCGGGCUUUUUUUUUGUCACCGGUGCUCAGCAGAGAUAAGCCCGACUUUACCGGACUACAACUGUCCACGCUGUGGAUCUGGCUUCAUUGAGGAAUUACCUGAGGAACGAAGUUCUGAAAAUCGGUCUGCAUCCACAUCUUCCAGUAGUGAACAGAGUCGCUCAUCCUUUGAGAACUUGGAUCACCAGCACUUAUUCACAUUUCCCUCUGUGUAUGGGCCAUUCACACUUGGGAUUUUUGAUGAAAAUUUCGAAUUUCGAACACGGCUAGACAACAGAGAGGCAGAAAACAGGAGGGAACGGGAAAUUGCAUCGCGGCAACGAUACAGUGCGCGGCAACCACGGCGUCCACACGCUCCUCGAAGACAGGUUACACGCCACGAAGGUGUGCCCACAUUAGAGGGAAUCAUCCAGCAGCUAGUUAAUGGAAUCAUAGCACCAACAGCCAUGCCAAAUAUUGGAAUGGGAACAUGGGGCAUGCUACAUUCCAAUCCAAUGGACUACGCCUGGGGCGCCAAUGGACUUGAUGCUAUCAUUACACAGUUACUGAACCAGUUUGAAAACACAGGUCCUCCUCCUGCAGACAGAGAAAGAAUAAAGAGUUUACCCACCAUCUCCAUCAAAGAGGAACAUGUGGGUGCUGGCCUAGAGUGUCCUGUGUGCAAAGAAGACUACACCAUUGAGGAGAGUGUUAGACAACUGCCCUGCAAUCACUUGUUUCACAAUGACUGUAUAGUACCAUGGUUGGAACAGCACGAUACGUGUCCUGUGUGCAGGAAGAGCCUUAGCGGACAGAACACAGCCACUGACCCACCAGGGUUAUCAGGAAUAAACUUCUCUCCCUCCUCUUCCUCCUCCUCCUCCUCUUCCUCCUCAAGUUCACCUAGCACUGAGAACGCUGCCAGCAACUCAUAGAGUUUAACCACCUCACAUCUGAGAAACCUCACACCCAACUGAGACACAACAGCUCCUUUCUACAGCUGAGACCUGGACAGUUACUUGUCUCAAUUCCACGGGCCGAUAUGAGUCAAGGGGAACUCUGAAUGUGUGGCAGACUAUUAGUCAUCAAUCCUCCCCACCGUACUGACUCUUGCUGCUAUUGUUACCAAGUGUGGGACUGGGAAGUGUUAAAAGAGGAUCCAGAAAGGCUGUGAACAUUAAUAUUGAUUAUAAUAAAAGUGAGAUUGUGACCAGAAUUCCGACAUGAAUUCGCCACAAAGCCGGGACACAUUUUAUAUUUAAAAGACAAAAUGUUCUUUUUUUUAAAACAUUGCCUGUGGUGGUUCAUAGAUAUGUAGAUAGAGAAUUCAUUUUGAAUGGUCAGCUACUGUACAGACACUGUAUAGCUAACAGACCAAACUGAAACCUUGUGAAAUGGAAGCUGAGUGUAUGCAUCAGAUCUUUAUUUAUUAGCACCAUUUGUUUUCUUCAUUUUGCACAAGAAAUCUGCCUGAUGUUGAGAAUGUGAAUUUGGGCAAACUACUGAACAAAAAAAACAUAUAUUUUUCUUUCAGGACUUGUUUUUAUCAGAGCUUGAUCCGAUGUAUUUUGCUCAACAGUCGACACAUUUUUAAACUUCACAAACCCACUUAUUUAUUAGAUCCACGCCAAGACACAAGUUGAGCAAAGCGAAGAAAAAAAAAAAAAGGCAUGGGAUCAUUUACCUCUGUGGAACUGGCCAAAUGUAUUUCAAGUGUUUUAUCAUUUUAUUUAAUGAUUUUUCAAACAGUCGAAAUAAAGUGCUAAAACA